AUGCGUCCCUGCCCUCCUGACGACAUGUUAAUUAAAGCUCUCACAGAGGCACACCACUCACUAUGGGGCUCACCAUUGGUAUUCAGUUACUGUAGGCAACAGAAGAAGAAGAGAGUGGCCCCUGUGUAUGUUAGACUCAUCAACCACAUCAUGGACACCGAAUAUUCAAAGAGAGUGUACCAGGGCGUUCGAGUCAAGCACACAGUCAAAGACCUGUUGGCAGAGAAACGAUCCCGACAGACCAAUGGGCCCAGAUACAGUAGUGGUUCAACAACUCCGCCUUCUUUCGUUCAGAUGUCAGGGUCUCAUAUGUUACCCAGCUACUAUGGUAUGAGGCGUCCUUUCAUAUCGGACUCAGACUUCGGCGCAUCUACCAAGCAGAUUUCACCAGAUAUGUACCCAUCCACCUUUGGAGGCAGACCACUGGGCUGUGAGACAGCUAGCUUCUCUCUCAUUGACACCUACUACCCUGACACUUUCAGUGAAUACCGCAACACCACCACCACCUUCUCAGGCUCUGGGGGAUCUUUCCUGCCUUCUUCAGCCCUAUCGUCUCUUUUGCCUCCCUUCUCUGGAGAGUCAUCACAUGUAUACAUGAGAGACGCGUGGGAGCAGUCGGUUCCAGAGCCAGUUCCUCAGGUGGAUCCUCUCUGUCCAGACAACUUGGCUUCUGUCAGCGUCCCAUCGUCCAUGCCCAGUCCAGAAUCCCAGGGGAGCCCCAACCAGCCAAGCCAAGGCUCGUCCAUGGUCCUGGGUUCCAGCAGCCAGUCCUAUACGCUGCACUCGCUCGAGGAUGCGCACUACCACCUGUUAACCUCAAGCAACUCCUACUCAGCCCCGCCCUCCUCCUUCCCUUGUCCUCCCUACACGAACAGCGACUUGGUAUCCAAAAUUGUGACUGAGGAGGCAGCCGAAAGUCACACCGGUCUCCCUCUCAAUGUGGAGGCUCACACUUCCUGGGAUAAGGAGGACGGUGUGAGCUCCUGGUCACCCUUCGAGCUCAGAAGGGCCUACUGACUUGCUCGCAUGUCUGAGUUUUAGUAUUGGGUGAAAAAGGUCUGGGACUUGGAUCACAGAAAAGAGUGGAUGGACCUUAUCUCAGUUGGUGUUGAUAAACUCAGCAGUUACUUGGCCCCCACUGGGAAGAAUUCAAGGCUCCACAAAAUAAAAAGACGACAAACAACAUGGGUGGUGGCGGGAAUUCUACAGUGUCUAAGAAACAAUUUGUUUGUUGUGAAGGACAUUCAGCACAAGAUUAAAAGUUCCAUCUCAAAUCAUAAGGUUCCUGGUCAAGGGGUCUUGCUAUGCCUCAUUUUAAACUGAUCUCAAAAUAAUUAUUGUCACAAAUAUCGAAUAUUAUAUCGACAAAUAUUGUCACGUAUCGAUGAAAUACAUGAUGCUGUUUAUAAAUUGUAUUUUUUUUUUAAAUUUUUUUUUUUAAAG